AUGCUACGUAAGACUGUGCGAGACGUGACCCAGCGGGCGAGGCAGUCCCAGGCGUUACAAAAGAUUACUGCCAAUUAUGAACUACUACCAGCUUCAGCUGCGUAUGAUAUUCGCUACAUUUUAUGGGUAUCGAAUGUAUCGCUUCAUAAGCCCAAAACGGCAGAGACGAAGCUUAAACCCUUUCGAGAUCCUUUUGCAAAGGAAAACCUCGAGCAGGAUCUCUUCGUUACGCAGCUGCAUGGCACACAUAACCUCGUCCUUAAUAAGUUUAGCAUUGUGGACGAGCAUGUGGUACUGGCGACUGUUGAGUUUGCCCCGCAGGAAGAGCCGCUUAGAGCCACUGACUUUCGUGCCAUGUGGACAGCCAUGAAGGGUUUGGACGCUUUUGCUUUUUUCAAUUGUGGCUAUGAGAGUGGUGCCAGUCAACCCCAUAAACACAUGCAACUCAUGACCUAUUCGUCCAUUAAAGAGAUCACUGGAAUUGACAUGCCACCGUUGCUGCAUUUUAUCGACCAGAAGUUGCGCGAGCAUCCAAAAUCUGAGAUUGUCCAGCUGUCGGAGCUUCCAUUUUGCCACUUUCUCCACCGCAUCGAUCUUCCUGAUGAUAUCGACAGUGAGAAAGCCGUAGCAAACAUCGUCGUCAUCUAUAAUAAGGUCCUUAACCAGAUGAACAGCAUGAACUAUCCGAACAUUCAUGCACAUGCGGGGACCUCAUCAGCGCCACUGCCCGUGGCCUAUAAUUUGCUGUUGACGUCGUCUUACCUCUUCAUUAUCCCGAGGAAGGCACAGGGUUUCAACGGAAUCGAAGUGAACUCGAUCGGCUUUAUUGGAUCUUUCUUCGUACGCAACAACGAGCAGCGCAUCUUCUUAGAGACACACGAUGGACCGAUGGAACUGCUGCGCCAAGUCACGUUUCUGCCGACACCUGUCUAA